AUGGUUUUCACAGAGCAACAGGACUUGUCUUCUCCUUUUGUCCUCACAGAGGGAUGUCCUGGCUUGUGCAACGGCAACGGCAGGUGCAUGCUGGACCUGAAUGGGUGGCACUGCGCCUGCCAGCUGGGCUGGAGAGGAGCGGGCUGCGACACUUCCAUGGAGACGGCGUGCGGCGACGGGAAAGACAACGACGGAGGGCAAGUUGGGGCCCAUGACUUGGCCUUGCCGUCCGGCCCGGAAACGCCGCCCGGCUUGAACGAGUGGGCAAGAGGGGCCAGCGGCUUUUUACCCAGCCGACCCGCGAGGCAAUUGAAGAUGCGCAUACGUCCUGCUGCCUGCGGCGGGCAAGAGAUGGCGAUGGCUUCAGUGGAUUGCAUGGAUCCAGACCGCUGCUGCCUCCAGCCCUUGUGCCAGCAUCAAGUUCGCUUGUGGGCAAGGACAGCAACGCACCAUCGUCAUUCCUCGCUGAGAGAGAACCGCUUUCAAAGCGAAGGCCACCCUUGUGUGAUCCGUGGGCAGGUGAUGACAUCCGACGGGACCCCGCUUGUCGGCGUGAACAUCAGCUUCGCCAACAACCCCCUUUAUGGCUACACGAUCAGCCGACAAGACGGCAGCUUCGACCUUGUCACCAACGGUGGGAUCUCCAUCAUCCUCCAUUUUGAACGGGCUCCUUUCAUUACCCAAGAACACACGCUCUGGUUGCCGUGGGACCGCUUCUUCGUCAUGGAAACCAUCGUCAUGAGGCAUGAAGAAAACGACAUCCCGAGCUGCGACCUCAGCAACUUUGCCCGGCCCAACCCUGUCGUCUCGCCGUCUCCCCUGACAGCGUUCGCCAGCGCCUGUUCCGAGAGAGGCCCCAUCGUUCUGGAAAUCCAGGCUUUACAAGAAGAGAUUAAAAUCUCAGGCAGCAAAAUAAAGCUCAGCUACCUGAGCAGCCGCACGUCCGGCUACAAAUCCGUCCUGAGGAUCAGCUUGACCCAUCCAACCAUCCCGUUCAACCUGAUGAAAGUCCACCUCAUGGUCGCGGUUGAGGGACGCCUCUUCCGGAAGUGGUUCGCCGCGGGUCCGGAGCUCUCCUACUACUUUGUGUGGGACAAGACGGACGUCUACAAUCAGAAGGUGUACGGGCUGUCGGAAGCCUUUGUCUCAGUGGGGUUCGAAUACGAAUCGUGUCCGGACUUGAUCCUUUGGGAGAAGAGGACGGCGGUGCUGCAGGGCUACGAAAUCGACGCGUCCAAACUCGGAGGCUGGUCUUUGGACAAGCACCAUGCUCUCAACAUCCAGAGUGGGAUCCUGCAUAAGGGGAACGGGGAAAACCAGUUCAUUUCACAGCAGCCGCCCAUCAUCGGGAGCAUCAUGGGAAACGGGCGCAGGCGGAGCAUCUCCUGCCCCAGCUGCAACGGCCUCGCCGACGGGAACAAGCUCCUGGCGCCGGUCGCUUUGACAUGCGGGUCCAACGGGAGCCUCUACGUGGGAGACUUCAACUACAUCCGGAGAAUCUUCCCCUCCGGGAACGUCAUCAACAUCCUGGAAUUAAGAAAUAAAGAUUUCAGACAUAGGUACGACAGCUUCGGGCGUCUCACCAACAUCACUUUCCCUACCGGCCAGGUCAGCAGCUUCCGGAGUGACACUGACAGUUCCGUCCACGUCCAAGUGGAGACGUCCAGCAAAGAUGAUGUCACCAUAACAACCAACCUGUCAGCCUCAGGUGCCUUCUAUACCUUGCUGCAAGAUCAAGUGCGGAACAGCUACUACAUUGGCGCGGACGGCUCUCUCCGCCUCAUGCUGGCCAACGGCAUGGAGGUGGCUCUGCAGACGGAACCUCACCUGCUGGCCGGCACAGUGAACCCCACCGUGGGGAAGAGGAACGUCACUCUCCCGAUUGACAACGGCCUUAACCUGGUCGAGUGGAGGCAGCGCAAAGAGCAAGCGAGAGGCCAGGUCACAGUCUUUGGACGCAGGCUGCGGGUUCAUAACAGGAACUUGCUGUCCCUCGACUUUGACCGGGUGACAAGGACGGAGAAGAUUUACGACGAUCAUCGCAAGUUCACGCUGCGGAUCCUGUAUGACCAGGCCGGCCGGCCGAGCCUUUGGUCUCCCAGCAGCCGGCUGAACGGAGUGAACGUUACCUACUCCUCGGGGGGCCACAUUGCUGGGAUCCAGCGAGGGACCAUGUCAGAAAGGAUGGAUUAUGACCAGUCGGGCCGGAUUACAUCCAGGAUCUUUGCUGAUGGGAAAUCCUGGAGCUACACUUAUUUAGAAAAGUCUAUGGUGCUGCUGCUUCACAGUCAACGGCAGUACAUUUUCGAGUUUGACAAGAACGAUCGUUUGUCAUCCGUGACCAUGCCCAACGUAGCCCGACAGACCUUGGAAACGAUCCGUUCCAUUGGUUACUACAGGAAUAUUUACAGGCCCCCAGAGGGCAACGGUUCUGUCAUUCAGGAUUUCAAUGAAGAAAAGCAGCUCCUCCACACUUACCAUUUGGGGACGGGGAGGCGGGUCAUCUAUAAAUACGGGAAGCUUUCCAAGCUGGCGGAGAUGCUCUACGACACGACUAAAAUCAGCUUCACCUAUGACGAGACAGCCGGGAUGCUGAAGACCAUCAACUUGCAGAACGAAGGGUUCACCUGCACCAUCCGAUACCGACAGAUUGGACCGCUCAUCGACCGACAGAUCUUCCGUUUCACGGAAGAAGGCAUGGUGAACGCCCGCUUUGACUACAACUACGACAACAGCUUCCGGGUGACCAGCAUGCAAGCGGUGAUCAACGAGACUCCGCUCCCCAUUGACCUCUAUCGAUACGACGACGUUUCGGGUAAAACGGAACAAUUUGGCAAAUUCGGAGUGAUCUACUACGACAUCAACCAGAUUAUCACCACCGCCGUCAUGACUCACACGAAGCAUUUCGAUGCCUAUGGUCGGAUGAAAGAAGUGCAGUACGAGAUCUUCAGGUCCCUCAUGUAUUGGAUGACCGUUCAGUAUGAUAACAUGGGGAGGGUAGUGAAGAAGGAGCUGAAGGUCGGCCCUUAUGCGAACACAACGAGGUAUUCGUACGAGUACGACGCCGACGGGCAGCUCCAGACGGUGUCGAUCAAUGAGAAGCCGCUCUGGCGAUACAGUUACGACCUCAAUGGAAACCUCCAUUUGUUGAGUCCCGGCAACAGUGCCCGCCUCACUCCAUUGAGGUAUGACCUCAGGGACAGGAUUACGCGGCUGGGGGACGUGCAGUACAGGAUGGACGAAGAUGGCUUCCUGCGGCAAAGGGGGAACGACAUUUUCGAGUACAACUCCGCAGGGCUGCUCAUCAAGGCGUACAACAAAGCCAACGGGUGGUCGGUCAAGUAUCGGUACGAUGGACUUGGGAGAAGGGUCUCCAGUAAAACUGCCCACGGCCAUCAUUUGCAGUUCUUUUAUGCCGACCUCUCCAGCCCCACCAAAGUCACCCAUCUCUACAAUCACUCAAGUUCUGAGAUCACCUCCCUCUACUAUGACCUCCAAGGCCACCUGUUUGCCAUGGAGCUUAGCAGCGGAGACGAGUUCUACAUCGCCUGCGAUAACACGGGGACCCCUUUGGCAGUUUUCAGUGGGACAGGCUUAAUGAUCAAGCAGAUAUUGUACACAGCUUACGGGGAGAUCUACAUGGACACCAAUCCAAACUUUCAGAUCAUCAUUGGUUACCAAGGAGGUCUCUAUGACCCCCUUACCAAACUCAUACAUAUGGGGAAGAGAGACUAUGAUGUGCUUGCUGGUCGGUGGACGAGCCCGGACCAUGAAAUUUGGAAACGUCUGAGCAGCAGCAACAUAAUGCCUUUCAAUCUUUAUAUGUUCAAAAAUAAUAACCCUAUUAGUAACUCUCAGGAUAUCAAGUGUUACAUGACAGAUGUCAACAGUUGGCUGCUUACCUUCGGGUUUCAACUACACAACGUCAUCCCUGGAUAUCCUAAGCCCGACAUGGAGACUGUGGAGCCCUCUUACGAACUUACUCACACGCAGCUGAAGACACAAGAAUGGGACAAUAGCAAGUCGAUCCUGGGAGUCCAGUGCGAAGUACAGAAACAGCUGAAGGCCUUUGUCACCCUCGAGCGCUUCGAACAGAUCUACAGCUCGAGUAUCGCCGGAUGCCGCGAGGCCACAGAGAACAACAACUUUGCGUCCGGGGGCGCUGUCAUCGGCAAGGGGGUCAAGUUUGCCAUGAAGGACGGGCGGGUGACCACCGACAUCAUCAGUGCGGCUAACGAGGACGGGCGGAGGAUCGCGGCCAUACUGAACAACGCUCACUACCUGGAGAACUUGCACUUCACCAUCAAGGGAACGGACACCCACUAUUUUGUCAAACAAGGGCCCUCGGACAGCGACCUGUCCAUUCUGGGUCUCAGCGGGGGGCGGAGAACCUUGGAGAACGGCGUCAACGUCACCGUUUCCCAAAUCAACACAGUGCUGAGUGGAAGGACUAGACGUUACACGGACAUCCAGCUCCAGUACGGAGCACUGUGUCUGAACACCCGCUACGGGACCACCUUGGACGAGGAGAAAACCCGUGUGCUUGAGAUGGCCCGACAACGUGCCGUAGCCCAAGCUUGGGCACGGGAGCAGCAGAGACUGCGGGACGGGGAGGAGGGGACCCGCUCCUGGACAGAAGGGGAAAAGCAGCAGCUGCUAAACACGGGGCGGGUUCAGGGCUAUGACGGCUAUUUCGUUAUCUCCGUGGAGCAGUACCCCGAACUUUCGGACAGCGUGAACAACAUCCAUUUCAUGAGACAGAGCGAGAUGGGCAGAAGGUGACAGAGCGGGUUGACGCGAUGAUUUCUUGCCAAAGACAGCUACUCUUUUGUGGCCGCGUACCAGACUGUGUUGUACUCAAUCCUUUUUUUUUUAAUUAAAAAACAACAACCCACACACACACGAAAGAUAACAACGAGACAUGGGGGUGGAGUGAUAAUACAGUUGCACUGUAGCUCAUGCAACAUCGUUUUGUUUUCUUUUUUGAAAAUUUUCUCAUCCUUUAUCAUUUUCCCCCACUCGAGAGCAGAGGAUGUGUUCGCCGCAGUACAAACACAGUGAAAUCCGUGUGUCCUUUUUUUUUUGUCCUUUCUGUCCCUGUUGUGAUAAAUGGAGGCAAACGAAGAGCUACCCCUGUAAGCCCUUUGUUUACAUCUUGUGGCAAGCGAGAGGUUCCCGCCUUGGGUCCCUGCUUUGCCUUCACACUUGAGUGGGGUGAGGGCAGAUUACCAGUAAGGAGCAAGGAGCGUUUGUGUUCGUAAUUUUCUGCUGUGCGAACAGGGAAAAAGAAAAAUAGAGACGCCAGAGACUGUUCCAAAUCUUCCUGGCAUUGUCCUUCUAAACAAUCACAAGCCUCUGAAGAAGAGAACUUGCAGGUCAUUUUCACAUUUCAUCCCUUUUCCGGACGAUCCGGCGACCUCGAGAAACAACCAAGCAAGGCAAAAUUGCUUGACCUUAGAGACUGACGAGAUGUCCCCUUCCUGAGACAGAAUAACCUUUUUUUAUUUUUUUAAAACGAGUCUUUUUUACUACGAUAGACUUAUUUUGUUGUCCCUUUUUUAUUUUUUUUGCUUUUGCGAGAGAGCGAGAGAAUACAUUUUUCCUGCACAUUUGUUGUUGUUAUUUGAAACCCAAUUACAGCUUGGGGGAAGAGGAAAAGAAGAUCCACAUUCUGCGAGGAUAACUUUCUCCCACGUAAUGUUGGCCAGGAAGCACCAGUGAUGUAUAUUUGUUAAUGGCAUAUUCUUCUUAAAGAUAUAGUAUUUCUGUAAAAACCCAGUCCAGUGUCUUAACAAGUCCAAUUUUUAGGACGCAAACUCUUCCUUGACAGCAGGAGUGCCGGUAUUUACCAAGUCUAAGCUUGUUGCUGGAUUGAUGAUGUUUCCAGCUCCUCCCCUGAGUGAUUUCAUAAAGGUAUACCUUAGAUGGAAACAGACCGGUCUGCUAUGGCUUGUAUCAAUUCCCCGUAAUGUUUCCUUGCCCUGCUGAGAUCUUUUAAUUGGAGAUCCUUAAAAAUUGAACUGAUGCACCGCUGAGCUUUACCUCUUUCCAGGAGCACCAGGGUGGUUUCACAUAACAGUCCAGGUGCUCGGGAGCAACAGCCGCAGAAGGCCAUUGCUUUCACCUCCUGCAUGUGAGCUCCCAAAGGCACCUGGGGGGCCACUGUGAGUAGCAGAGAGCUGGACUAGAUGGACUCUGGUCUGAUCCAGCUGGCUUGUUCUUAUGUUCUUAUGACCUAGUCUUCACUGUACUGUGUAGUCUGAUUGUUGCAAAGAAAAUCCACAUUCAGUACUACCACGAUUCGAAGAGACACAGCCUUUGCUUCCAGAAUAAAUUACACAGAAUUGCCUACCGCUUCUUUUUCUGUGCAAUUCCUUCUGCUUCCAAGAUCCGGGUCUCUAAAGAAUUUGGAUUUUAUUGAGUUUGGUUUGUUUGUUGCAAUGUCUGGUGGCGUUGAAAGCUAUGGAGAUCAGAAACUACAGUGUGGAGGCAAGAGAUAUAGUAACCUUGAAUGGAGGGAGUUUUACAUAUUGCAAAGAUAGGUGUGCGUGCACCCCUUAGGUGCCCACAACUAAGUCUUGAAAGUGGGUCAGAUUAUGCUCAAAGGGUGAAAUCUGUUCAAGAGUAUUGUUUUUAAGAAUAAAAUUUCCAAAGAAAAUUUGGUUUUGCACCAGCAUAGUGCCCCAGAGCAGAAGACAUUACAUGGAAGGAAGAGAAGAUGGUCGUAUGAACUCAUCGAAAAGAGGGAGGCCAUUCAAACCAUCAUGUGGGGAUAUCCCCAUGACUUUACAUCCCCAUUUUCAUACAAUGGUAGGGAUCCCCCAAAGCCCACCAACCUGGCGAGAGCUUCCUAAAAAUUGCUACUUCCACUCAUUUGCACAGCUGCUAAAGACCAGCCACUUACAGGAACACUACAAGGUCACAAGGGCCUUUUGUCAUGAUGUAAGGACUUUUGUCAUGAUGUAAGGAGCAGCAGUGGCGUAGUGGCUAAGAGCAGUGGCUAAGAGCAGGUGCACUCUGAUCUGGAGGAACCGGGUUUGAUUCCCAGCUUUGCCGCUUGAGUUGUGGAAGCUUAUCUGGGGAAUU